GGCGCAGGCGCAGCGGCGUCGCCUUUCCGGUCCCCGGUUGUUGUUCUAGCGAAGCAGGGGAAGCCGCCGGUCGCUGCGCCGCUGCAGCAGCUGCUUCAAAAUGUCCGAAAUUUCCAGCGACAGCGACUCGUCGUGUGGCUGGACGGUCAUCAACCACGAGGGCUCUGACGUUGAAGCAGCAGCACCAGACUCUGAUAGCAUAAGUGGCCACGAGGAACUGGCUUCAGAGGAAUUUCUGUCUCCAACACAAGAGGAAGAGCAGCAGCGGCAGGCUGCCACUUUGCAAGUUGACUUCGGCCAGGGUGAUGGGGCACCAGGGAGCGCUACAAGCCAGCCCCCCAUGGAGCCUAGCAAGCUGGUUCCUGGGGGUGAAAAAGAAAAAUUGCUGGAUGAGACUUCCUGUGUGGGAGCAGUAAGUGAUGAUUCAGAUAUUGUGACUCUGGAGGUGCCAAAGGUGGAAGAAGUUGGAAGCCAGGAAGAAGCUGCCUCAGGAGAGGAGGAAGGUCAGGCCUUGGAAAAUUUCAACAUGGGUUCCUCUUCCAGCAGCCAGUAUACCUUUUGCCAGCCAGAAACAGUUUUUCCACUGCAGCCAAGUGGAGAGGAAUCCAGCAGUGAUGAAACCAGCCAUGGCUCCAGCCCUGCCCUGAGGCGCCGGAGGGCAAAGAAGAGGCUUCUCUCCAGCUCAGAGUCUGAGGAAGGCCUGCCACCUCAUGACCCGGAAGUUAAGCAGCCCAAGCACCUGCUGAGCAGUGGCCUGAACCGAUGCAUUAUCCUCGCCUUGGUGAUUGCGGUCAGCAUGGGCUUUGGACAUUUCUAUGAUAAAAAAGAAAAUUUUAUGUUUCAAGGUACAGUUCAGAUCCAAAAACGACAGGAACUAGUGGAGAAGAUUCACGAAGACAAACUGAAUGAUAUGAAGGGGGAUCUUUUGCAGUGCCAACAAGGCAGUAAAACACCAUGUGGGUCGCUGAAGGAGGGCCUUGCAAAGUGCUGGCUUGCAAUGCAGAUGGAAAAGAAAUCUUUCGAAUCUCAAAAACAUCACCUUGCUUCAGAAAACCAGCAUUUGAGAGAAUCUUUACAGAGAGAGGAAAAAGCCUUGGCACUGCUACAGGAAGAGCUGAGGAAGCUGAGGGAACAAGUAAGACACUUGGAGAGCAAAGACCCUGGCCCAGAGUCACUGGUUGUGACUGAAAACCAAAGACUCAAAGCGCAUUUGGAGGAGGAAAAAUACAGAAUGCAGAGCUUUGUGAAACAAAAGGAGACCCUACUGGCUGAAGCUCAGAUGCUGAGAAGAGAGCUCGAUAAAGAACGUCAAGAGACCAUAGCACUUCGGGAAACUUUGGAAAAGCUGGGCUCUCAGCAUGUGCCGCUGGUGGCAGAGUCCGGUUCGCACAAGAGCCAAGAGAUAGAAACCCUGCGAGGAAUGUUGACUGAACUGGAGAAGAAGCUCAGCUUUGAACAGCAGCGGUCAGAUUUGUGGGAGAAGCUGUACAUUGAAGUUAAAGAUCAUGCAGAGAAGCAAGAGAGAGCAGAAAAAGCCCAGAAACCGGCAGGGAAAGGAGGAAGCCAAAGUAAAGCCAAGCCAAAAGGAACUUUUUUUGGUUCUGUAAAAGAAACUUUUGAUGCAAUGAAGAAUUCUACCAAGGAAUUUGUACGCCACCAUAAAGAGAAAAUCAAGCAGGCCAAAGAAGCCGUGAAAGAGAACCUGAGAAAAUUCUCAGAUUCUGUAAAGUCCACUUUUAGACAUUUUAAGGAUACAACAAAAAAUAUCUUUGAUGGAAGAGAGAAGAAAAGGUAUGGCGACAGAAGACAUGAGACUAACAGAAAAGGGAGGACCAUGCAUCAGACGGACAGUUCUCGUGAAGGUCCUGCAAAGCCGGCCCAGCACCGGGAGCCAGGAAGCCAAAGGCAGUUUGGCCACAGGAGACCUCGGGCAGAAGACACCAAGCCCCUCUCGCCAUUAUCCACAGACGCUGCUUCCGGACAGUGUCCCAAGGGCCCCACAGGUAGCCCAAAGCAUCACACCGUCCUAAAAGGCUGUUCUGGCAUUUUUGAUUGUGCCCACCAAGAAUUUAUUAGCCUCUUCAACGAAGUCCUGGAUCCUAUUAGGGCUGAUGAAUUUAAUCAAUUAAUGCACAAAUAUUUGCAGCAAGAAGUAAAGAACUUUCAUCAUUGGCAAGAACUGGAAAUUUUCAUCAGCAACUUUUUCUGCAACGGUGUCUUUAUUCAUGACCAGAUGCUGUUCUCAGACUUUGUCAACGAUGUCAAAAACUAUCUUGAAGACAUGGAAGAAUACCAGAGAGCCAGUGACAGAGCCUUCGAAAGCCUGGACAAGUAUAUAUACCAGUACUACUUUCAUCAUUAUAACCAGAUACCUCCGUGUGGAUCCAGCCCUCAGCAGGAAAGACACCUUCCAAAGCACCAGCAGCGUUCUAAGAGGGAAAGCCGAUGGCAAAAGCAGGGCCGCAGCAAUGGGAGGCACACGGCAAACCUGGAGAUUGAAGUGGGGCGGCUCCCUUUUGACACUAAGUACUGAAGGGGUGUGGGAGCCCUGCAGGCUGGCAAAAACCCUCCGUGAUUGGCCCCCCUGACAGCUUUCACCAGGGCCCAAAGAUCCACUGGCUUCGUCUCCAUCCUUCUUCCUGCCUUGCAGUCUUCUUGGGAAGCAUUAAUUGGGCUGCUUUCUACUAUUACAAUAAAUCAACAGGGUAAGCAGUAGCUUUAGACAAGUUGUAAAAUAAGCUUUUUUUUGCACAUGUUGGUACUUGGUUCUACUAAAAGAUAUGGUACAGAUUUCAUCUCAUGCUCCAGAAGCACAUCUUGAUAGCUGUUUAAUUACUCUGAUCACGAUGGGAUUUGUUCUGAUCAUCUUUCUUUUAAAUU